UACCAAAAGGGAUAGACAUAUAUUUAAGAUAUACAUAUAUUGUACAAAUUGUAAAGAAAGAGUGCAAACUGGAAAACUGUACCCAAUGUACCCAUGCACCCAUAAACUAUUGAAUCGAGACCCUGUAUGCCAUCUAGCGGAGCACUGAUGGUAACAAGAACGUACGAACCAGUAAAGCUGAGCAAAACUACUGUGUGGUAGCAAUAGCAAACAUGGAGCCAAUCGCCCACCUCGUUAAAGUAUCCAUUCCGAAUUAUUUGGCUGGAUUACCCGUUCCUGAAUCUAUAGGAGGAUGGUUUCGAUUAGGAGUACGAGAUUGGAUUUCCUUAAUUCCACCUACCGCGAUGCUAGCUGGUCUUGGGUAUAUGUCUUACAAAGCCUUUUGUCCGCUAGCUAGAGGCCCGAUCUCUGGACGUAUUAAUCAUACCAUAAAGAAGGAUGUGAAUAAAGUGGUAGACUCUGUUGAUAUAGAAGACAUAAGUGAGAAAGCUGUAUUUUGUCGCUGUUGGAGAUCUAAGAAUUGGCCGUAUUGUGAUGGAUCUCAUGGUCCUCACAAUGAGGAAACAAAGGACAAUGUGGGUCCUAUUGUAGUCACAAAAAAGAAAGCUUAAUGUAAGCCAAUUAACAUUAUAAAUGUCAUUGUAUUUAUUUGCCACUUACAAUGUCAUCCAUAAUUUAUACAAAUAUUUCUGUCACCAAUACUGUGCAUCUCGUAAAGGUCAGAAAUACUUAAGAAACAUAAGUGUAGAACAAAUAUGAAAUCUGAAAAUA